CCUUGUGAUGUGAUGUUGCUGGUGACAAAAUAACACGGGGAGAACCGUUCAUUUCAAACAAAAGCGUCGACUAUUUAAUACAUUUUACAGCUGUCGAGUCCUUAAUGAUAAACAAGGUCGACAACGGGAUGUAGCCAAUGAAAUGGAGUAUGAUGAGAGACUUGCACUUUUCCGCCAAACCCGCCUCAAUCCCUUUGAUCGCCGAGAGGAGGAAAAUGGUCCCCAAGGAGCCAAGACGCCCCCACUGCACGAAGCAAGGCCUGAGCUGUUCUCUGGGACCAGGACACACAGUUCAGACCGAACCAUGGACCUUGGUCUAGCUGAAGACCACUUCUCAAGGCCAAUGGGUUCGUUUGUGGCGUCGGAUAUUGAACAGCUUAAAAUGGCCAUAGAGGAGUGUAAAAAGCUGAUCUUGGAGCUGCCAGAACACUCGGAGAGACAGAAAGACACUGUUGUGAAACUUAUCCACCUUCGUCUCAAACUGCAGGAACUUAAGGACCCUGAGGAGGAUGAGCCUAAUCUAAGAGUCCUACUGGAGCAUCGCUUUUCCAAGGAAAAGAGCAAGAGUGUGAAACAGACCUGUGACAAGUGUAGCACUAUCAUCUGGGGCCUUAUCCAAACUUGGUAUACCUGCACAGGUUGCUAUUAUCGUUGCCAUAGUAAGUGUAUGAACCUGAUCACCAAGCCCUGUGUCAGGUCAAAGGUCAGCCACCAGUCUGAGUAUGAGCUCAGCAUUUGCCCUGAGAUAGGACUAGACCGACAAGACUACCGCUGUGCAGAAUGUCGCACUCCUAUUUCACUGAGGGGUGUGCCAACUGAAGCCAGACAGUGUGACUACACUGGACAGUAUUACUGCAGCACAUGCCACUGGAAUGACACCGCCAUCGUCCCAGCUCGUGUCAUCCAUAACUGGGAGUUUGAAUCACGCAAGGUUUGUCGCUCCUCAAUGCGCUACCUGGCCCUGAUGAUGUCACGACCUGUGCUGAAGCUAAAAGAAAUCAACCCGCUGCUAUUCAACUUUGUGGAGGAACUGGUGGAGAUCAGGAAACUACGUCAAGAUAUUCUGUUGAUGAAACCCUAUUUUAUCACCUGUAAGGAGGCCAUGGAGGCUCGGCUAUUACUACAGUUACAAGAUCGGCAGCACUUUGUGGAGAAUGAUGACAUGUACUCACUACAGGAUUUAAUUGACAUCUCCAGCGGCAGACUCAGCUGUUCCCUCACUGAGAUCCACACCACAUUUGCUAAGCACAUCAAACUAGACUGUGAGCGUUGUCAGGCCAAAGGAUUUGUGUGUGAGCUGUGUAAGGAAGGAGACAUACUGUUCCCUUUUGACAGUCACACCUCAGUCUGCCAUGACUGUUCUGCUGUCUUCCACAGAGAUUGUUACUAUGACAACUCCACAACUUGCCCACGAUGUGCGCGGAUGACUGACCGAAAGCAGGACGAGGUGCCAGAUGUGAAAGAUGCGUAAGUCGGGACAGAAACACUUGAUGUUACUGGAUGUUGCACUUUGCCUCAUGUUGUGCUCUAAUCGAUCAAGAAAGUCUAACAGAAGACUUGCUUUUCGUCUUUGUCCUUGGUUCGUUUUGUGUUUAUACUGUAGUGUCUUUAUCCUCCUGUGCACUACAUAAUGAAGCAGGGUGCUUAGAAACCCAUCUGGAAAUUAAUAUAUAUAUAUUUUUAUUCAACUUUUUAAUUCAUACUGAAAUUGGAUGUACUGAACACUGUGUAUGUGUGUUUGUGUGAGUGAUUAUUAUGUGCAUCUACGUGUAUAAAUGUACAAAAUAAAUGCCCUAUAGAAAAAAGCCAACUCACCAGUAGGUGAUAAUGCAUGUAGCAGUUGUUGUAUAUUAACUCUUACAAGCCUCAACUGCAUUAACCUUUGCUGCCAACUGUGCUGACAACUUAACUUUAAGUUUGCCAUAUGAGAAAAGGCAUACAACUGCAGUUUCAACUAAAUCACAAUGUUAAAUUAACCAGAAAUUUGCCUUUUAGCUUCCAGUUGUAUGUUUUUAUUUCAAUAACAAAAUCCAGUAAACAUGCUGUUAAAAGUUGAGCAAGUGAACUCACACUGAGCCUUCAUUUCCAAGCUAAAGUUAAUUAGGAUCUCAGAGGUCCAGGGUGUAGGAUUUAGGGAGAUAUAUUGGCAGAAAUUGAAUGUAAGUAUAUUUUCGUUAGCUUAUAUUUGCCUGAAAAUAAGCACUGUUGUGUUUUUGUUCCCUUUACAUGAGCAGUUCAUAUCAACAAAGCGUGGAUCCUAUUCCAUGGGUUCGCAGUGUUGUUUCUACAGUAGCCCAGAACAGACAAAUCAAACACUGACUAAAUCCUACACACUAGACCUUUAAGUUAGCGUGGCACAACUAAAAUACAUCAUGUUUAUUAAAUUCACAAUAAGAAAAUUAGUCAGAAAAUCACAUAGACUAUGUGAUUAUAACAUCACCCUUUUUUUUCCUUUUCACACAUUUCCCAUCAUCAGUCCCAAUGCUGUUUAUCUCACAGUUCCUGUCCUGAAAGCAGUCUAUACUCAUCCUUUACUUAUGUUACACGCUUAUUUUCCUUUCAGAGUCAAAAGUUAUUCAUCUUUUUAACAUGUCAUAAUGUUUUAAGAAAAAUAUUUCCAGACUUUAAAGCAACAUUUCCUUUGAACAUGUCUGCUCUGGGUUUGUUAAAUGUCACCUUGAUAAUAUGAGAAACCUAUACAAUCAUUAAAACCAUAAUCUAAAAAAUAUAAAUACAUGUAGCCUACUAGCAAUGGGUAUAUAGUCAAAGCAUGUAUUUUCUUGUAAGGAGAAUUGUUUCACUGCAAAAGAAAAGGAACAAGGACUUAAAUGUGCUUUCUUUUUAUUCAAAACUGUGAACUAUCUUUAGACAGUUUAAUCCGUGUAUAUUCUGGUUCAGUUUAGUGCAGUGUGUAGCAAAUAUAUGUGAAUACUCAUGAACAUUGUGUGCCUAAGAGAGUCAGGUUACAUACAGCUGUGAUCCAAACGUCUUAAUACACUCACCAUCAUGUUAAUGGUUUCAGUCUUACAGUACGUAGAGCACAUGUUGUCCAAAGAUGACAAAGAUGUUACAUGACACCUUUGGUAAUGUGUAAAUGUUGACUUAAAGUAUUUGUUUUACAAUACUGAUUUUUGGCUGUGUUAUCGGCAUGAUGUACUGUAUUUUUUUUUUUUUUUCAAACUAAUGGACAUACAUGGUGUUGGUUAAAGCCAUACCCUGUUGUAAAACAUGUGGAGUAGUGCAUGAAUUGAAUAAAGUAAUGAAAUGCA